GAACGGUGGUGGGUAUUUGAUGACCCAGGCCGUCGACCGUCCUGAUAACCUCAUCUACCUCGAACUAAAUCCAACGGCCAAUAUCGACGCAGUUCAUCAUCACCGCCGUCAAAAUAACCGUCCAACCCCCGCCCACUGAAAAAAAAGCCCCACUUUUUAGGGUUUCUUCAUCGUUCGAAUUAGCAACUCCCCUUCUAAAUUCCCAACCCGUAGCCUUAUUAUUCAGAUCUCGCGUCAGCUGCAAGUGUUACUUCGAGACUAAUGAGCGAAAACCCUAACCCUAAUUCAGCUACAGAGGUCAAACCUGCUCCGGUGGUGAAUAUGUACACCGAAGCGGAGAACCACCAGAUUCUCGCCGGAGACUGUCACAUGGUCGGCGGAGGAAGCGGAGGAGAGGGACUGGAGGAGGAGCAGGAGAGUGAUGGUUUUGAAGGGGACGGGCUAUCGGAUCCGGGUAAUAAUCUCCAUGGGGAUCCGCAGGCGGCGAUUGGUCCUCAUCUUGGGAGCAAUCAGCUCACUCUCUCGUUCCAGGGCGAGGUCUACGUCUUCGACUCCGUCUCCCCUGAAAAGGUGCAGGCUGUCCUAUUGUUGCUGGGGGGACGUGAAUUAAGUACUCCUUAUCCAUCAUCUUCUCAUGUAAAUAGCAAGAGAUCUAACCUUCCUCACAGAGUUGCUUCAUUAAUGAGGUUCCGUGAGAAGAGGAAAGAGAGGAAUUUUGACAAGAAAAUACGAUAUACUGUGCGGAAAGAGGUUGCUCAGAGGAUGCAAAGGAGCAGGGGUCAGUUUAUAUCAUCAAAAUCAAAGCCUGAGGAUGGAUCAGUGGGUGAUACUAGUUGUGAUGAUACCCGAAAUUGGGCUUCAGCUGACAAGCAGCCCCCAGCAGCAGCAACUUGUCAUCAUUGCGGCACGAGUGCCAAGUCUACACCAAUGAUGCGGCGUGGGCCUGAUGGACCGAGGACGUUGUGCAAUGCAUGUGGACUUGUUUGGGCAAACAAGGGAAUAAUGAGGGAUCUUUCGAAGAGUCCAGUGCCCAUCUCAAAUCCCUUGGCAGAAGUAAGAGCUGGGAAUGUCCACCUUCUUCCCUCUGUCCAGGAUAAUUCUGCUGAAGCUGGAGCAGUGCAGCCUGGUCAUAUCAGCGCAAAUGGUCACAACGAUCCAUCAUGAAAGAUUCUGUGUUUUUAGUCGUAGAGAAACUCAUUACAAGAGAUGGAAAAUCGCCGUUUUACUGUAAUUUUUACCCGUGUGUACCAUAGAAUGAGAAGGGAUCAAUUGUAGUGUUAUGUAAAAUUUUCUAUUUGUGCUGCGUUUCAGUCUAUGAGUGAUGUUAUGCGAGGUAUUUAAUUUACAAACCCUAUGGUCUCUUAACCAUCAAAACCAUCUUUUACAAUCUCAGUUCA